CUGCAAUACAAGCCCGCUGGUCAUGGCAGCCAUCAGAGGACUUUCUGUGUUUGGAAAAGUUAAAGGUGUUUUAUCGAGCUAUAGCGGUGUUAAUCUGUUUAAUACUUGUAGAUAUGCAAGCUACAAAGCACAGGCGUUAGUUUAUGAUGAGUUUGGCGAUCCUGGUAAAGUGUUAAGGCUAGAUUUUGUUGACAGAAAUGAGAUAGGACCAGAAUCAAUUGGUGUUCAUAUGAUAGCAGCACCUAUCAACCCUGCUGAUAUCAACACAAUACAAGGGUCAUAUGCAAUUAAGCCUAAAUUACCAGCAGUUGGUGGCAAUGAAGGAUUUGGUCGCAUUAUCAAGACUGGAAAAAAUGUUCAGGGCUUGAAAGAGGGUGAUUUUGUUAUCUUUGGUAAAAGUGGAUUAGGUGCAUGGUCAAGGUAUCAUGUUUUAACUGAAGAUGAAUUAAUAAAAAUCCCAGAUAACAUUUCACUGGAGCUUGCUGCAACUUUAACAGUGAACCCAUGUACAGCUUAUAGAAUGCUUAAAGACUUUGAGAAUUUAACACCAGGAAGUACAAUAAUUCAAAAUGGUGCCAAUAGUGGUGUUGGAAGAGCUGUAAUUCAAUUAGCUGCAGCAUGGGAUAUACAAACAAUCAACAUAGUUCGUGAUAGACCAAACUUAGAGGAUCUAAAKAGAGAGCUCACUGAUUUAGGUGCAACUUAUGUUUUGACAGAGGAAUUUUGCAGAACUCCUGAGAUGACUCAGUUUAUGAAGGAUGUUCUAAAACCUCAACUUGGUUUUAAUUGCAUUGGUGGUAAAAGUGCAACAGAGCUGAGCAGGCGUCUUGGCCAUGGUGGGACAUUAGUAACUUAUGGAGGAAUGUCUAAAAAGCCUUUUGCUGUACCAACAGGUCAACUGAUAUUUAAUGAUAUUCGACUCAGAGGCUUUUGGAGAACAGGAUGGGAUAAGAAACAAAAUCCAAAAAGUCAAGAAAUGCUCAAAAUGGUAGAUGAUAUCUGUCAACUGCACAKAGAUGGGAAAUUCCAUGCUCAGCCUUGCACAAGGCAUAAACUACAAGACUACAAAGUUGCCACGCAAGCAGCCAUGCAGUCCUACACCUCUAGUAAACAAUUAUUUAUCCUUACAGAAGAURUUGUUGAGUAAAAUAUACUGACUGAAAGUCAAUAAAUUAAAACAAUUAAAUAAAGUUUGAAUUUAAUAAACAUUUUAACUCAUGUCUCUGUAACCAUGAGCUUCAUUUUGAAUGGUACAUAAAGACUAGUAGUCUAAAUACCAUUAGUGCAGUAGUCUAGUCUAAAAUAUAGGUAUCUUCCCUUCUAGAUAUAUUCCAUUUCAAAACCCCAGUAAUAUCCUUUUAGAUCCCUGUUAGUGCCCUUCAUAUCCUGUUGUCUUUACUCUGACAAAGGAUUAACAUCCGAAACAUCAGUAAGUUGUUU